UUCUAUCAAAAUGAUUAAUCUACCAGUGUUAGCAAAUUACUCAUAAUCAGUAAAAUUAUAGUUAUGGGAUUCCUGGGAAGAGUUUUGUUUAGAAUAAAUUCCAGAGAAAUACUUCCGAAUCACCUCAGAAACGUCCCCAUAAAACAAAGAAAAUUUAUUCUCAGUAAUAAUAAGGAUUCUGGAAGAAAUAACUCAAGUUUGGAUUCAGUAGGUUCCGGUAAAAUUGGGAAAAAUGAUUUCUUUCGUAUAAAAUACUCGACUUGCAAAUCAAAUAUGAAUCAGAAUAAAAUAGGUAGACACCAAUAUCAUGAAGAUAUUGAAAAAGCUAUGAAUCAACAAAUUUUAACGGAAUUCAAUGCAAGUUACUCCUAUCUUUCAAUGUCUGCGUAUUUUGGCAGAACGGACAUUGCCCUGCCUGGAUGCCAAGGAUUUUUCUAUAACAUGUAUUUGGAGGAGGUUGAACACGCUGUUGUUUUCAUGAACUAUCAGCUCAUGCGGGGGGGACAAGUUAUCCUGUUUGGAAUUGAAGCGCCAGAAAAAGAUUGGGGAAGUAUCGAUAAGGCUUUCGAAGCAGGACUUCGUCUUGAGGAGACCGUCAAAGAGAAAAUAUGCUCAUUAGUUGAAGAAGCUGAAAAACAUCAUGACCAUCAACUGGUAGAUUUUUUGACAUCAGAGUAUCUCAAAGAACAGAAUGAAUGUAUUCAAGAAAUGGGAAGAUUUGUCACCAGAGCCAAAAAGAUGGUCAAGGAUCCUAAUGGCGAGUUCCUAUUCGAUAGGCAGUUAUUCUUGAACUAUGUGAAAGACAAAAAUCUUAUGUUUCGCUCAAAUCUACCAGAUAAGGAUGAUAAAAAUUAUAAAUAAAAAGAAAUAUCCGCAUA